AUGGAUGCUGUUCUUCGCCAGUCCAAGGCCAUGUGCCCUUUUAUGAAGACGGCCACUCCCGCCACUCUGCGCGCCUUGUCAACUUCGUCUCGCGCCCUUCCGGCUCCUGCCUCGCCAUGUGGAGGCACCAUGUCGAAGCUGCAGCUUCUUGGUCAGCGAUGCCCCGUCAUGGGUAAGGCCAUGGCUGUUCAGACCGCCAAGAACCGCGCUGCUGGCUCUGUUCGUGCCUUCUCCAACCACUCCAAGACUGGAAAGGCCAAGAUUCAUACUUCCAGCAACAAGGAGGCUCGUGCUGUUGAACGCCCACUCUUCGAAGGCCGCGACAAUGCUCCUCCUGGUAUUCACGCGAACCGAAAGGCCGCAUCCGCAUCCCCAACCGCUUCCGCUGCCGCCGCUGGCUUCCAAUCUCCUGGCAAAUUCGACUAUGAAACCUUUUACAACACUGAGCUCGAGAAGAAACACAAGGAUAAAUCCUACCGUUACUUCAACAAUAUCAACCGUUUGGCAAAGGAGUUUCCGCGUGCACACAUGUCUGACAAGGAGGAUCGAGUAACUGUCUGGUGCGCCAACGACUACCUUGGCAUGGGCCGCAAUCCCCAUGUUCUCAACACGAUGCACAAAACCUUGGAGGAAUAUGGUGCUGGUGCGGGCGGUACUCGAAACAUCUCUGGUCACAACAAGCACGCCGUUGAGCUGGAGGCUACACUGGCCAAGCUUCACGCCAAGGAUAGCGCUCUUGUGUUCAGCUCUUGCUAUGUUGCCAACGACGCAACCCUGGCGACACUCGGCAGCAAGUUGCCCGAAUGCGUUAUUCUUUCCGAUAGCUUGAACCACGCCUCUAUGAUCCAGGGAAUCCGACACUCUGGCACCAAGAAGAUUGUUUUCAAGCACAACGAUGUGCAGGACCUCGAGGCCAAGCUGGCUUCGCUACCCCUACACGUGCCUAAGAUCAUAGCUUUCGAGUCGGUGUACAGUAUGUGCGGCUCCAUUGGUCCUAUUGAGGAAAUCUGUGAUCUUGCCGACAAGUAUGGCGCCAUCACUUUUCUUGAUGAAGUCCAUGCCGUCGGCAUGUACGGUCCUCAUGGUGCUGGUGUUGCUGAGCACCUUGACUGGGAAGCCCAUGCCAACGGUGCCCCUCGCGGGACCAUCAUGGACCGAAUCGACAUUAUCACUGGUACUCUGGGCAAGGCGUACGGUUGCGUCGGUGGCUAUAUCGCUGGUAGCGCCAAGUUCAUUGACGUGAUCCGAUCGUUGGCCCCCGGCUUCAUCUUCACUACUUCUUUGCCUCCUGCUACCAUGGCUGGUGCCCAAACCUCUAUUGAGUACCAGAUGGAGUACGAUGGCGACCGACGACUCCAGCAGCUGCACACUCGUGCUGUCAAGGAGGCUAUGAACGCUCGCGACAUCCCUGUCAUCCCCAAUCCCUCUCACAUCAUUCCUGUACUAGUUGGCAACGCCGAGACCGCCAAGGCGGCUUCCGACAUGCUUCUCAACGACUACGGAAUUUAUGUCCAAUCCAUCAACUACCCCACCGUUCCAGUUGGUCAGGAGCGUCUUCGCAUCACCCCUACCCCCGGCCAUGUCAAGGAGUACCGCAACCAGCUUGUCGAGGCUGUUGAUGAGAUCUGGACUCGCCUCAACAUCAAGCGAACCUCCGACUGGGCUGCCGAGGGUGGCUUUAUUGGUGUCGGCGAGGAGAGCAACGUACAGAACCCUCUUUGGACUGACAAGCAACUCAACGUUGAGCAGGCUACGAAGGAGAUCAAGGCCACCGGUCAAGCCGCCAAUGGUAUUACUGAGGCGCUUCUCGAGCUUGAGAUUAAGCAAUCCUCCGAGGUCGCUACUGCUGCUUAA